AGAAAAAGGUAGAAAAAUAUGCAUGCAGAACAGAAACAGAUACUUAUAAUGGGAUUUAAUCAAUAAAGGUCGACUAGCUGCUAUUAAAAGUGGACACUAAUUGGAUUGUUUACCAGAACACUGGUGACGGGAAACGCACGGUCGCGGUAGUCAGAAAUAAAUUGCCAGACGAGAAGUAAUAAAUACACACGAAGCACAACAAAAACACAACAACAACAACAUCAGAAUGAAGUCGACAACAACAGCAACAACAACAGGCAACAAAUCACGGCUAACAAGUCUCACCGAGGACAUAAUACCGGAGGAUGCAUCCUAUCGUGCCCGCCUCCACUACCUCUUCGCCCAGAUCGAAAAGGAGUUCGAUCAACUCUACUUGGAAAACCAAAAUCUGCAAGAUAAGCUGGAAAAUGCCAUCGCCAAUAGCAAAGACUCGCUCACUCCACAUGACACACAACGCUCGGCAGCGGCUGGCGUUGCUAGCAACGUCGUCCUAUCCGGCAGUGGUGGCGCCUCCUUGGCAGCCACACCGGCAACGCCAUUGGCACCGUUGGGGGCUGGCGACGAAAUCGGUGCUAGCCUGCUGGCAGCCGCCUCCAGCACCCACAAGAGUCUCAAAGCGAAGCUGAGCAGCGCCACCGGCAGCAAAGUGAAGGCGAGCAACAAAAUUAAGGCGCAGACCAGUCGCAUUGUGUCCAGCUUCAAGGCCCAGACGGUGGUCAGUACGGUGGUACGUGAAUUUGGCGGUCACAAGGAUGGCAUAUGGCAGGUGGCCGCCAAGACGGGCCAACCAAUUAUUGGUACAGCAUCCGCUGAUCAUACCGCUUGCAUUUGGGGCAUAGAGAGUGCACGCUGCCUGUUGCAGUAUCAAGGACACGUUGGUUCCGUAAACUCCAUCAAGUUCCAUCAGCAUCGAGAUCUAGUGCUGACGGGCAGUGGCGAUGGCACCGCACACAUCUGGCAGGCGGCAGUCAACUGGGAGGUGGCCAAGAAGGGGCACUCUUCCGAGGAGGAGCUCGAUGACAGCGACGGCCAGUUGGAGGAUCGCGAUCGUGUGGACACGUUGCGCACGCCUCUUUGUGAGUUCACUGGCCCGGGUGGCCAUCUCUCUGUUGUGGUCGCUGCCGAUUGGCUGUCGAGCAUGGAUCAGAUUAUCACCGGCAGUUGGGAUCGCACUGCGAUCCUUUGGGAUGUGGAGACGGCACAGCCGCUGCAACCGCUGACCGGCCACGAUCAUGAGCUCACGCAUGUAUCCGCACAUCCAGCGCAGCGUCUAGUUGUGACCGCUUCCCGAGACACCACCUUCCGCUUGUGGGACUUCCGCGAUUCGAUACCUGCCGUGUCCGUCUUCCAGGGACAUACAGAAACUGUGACCUCCAGCGUCUUUGCACGCGACGAUAAGGUCGUCUCAGGCUCAGAUGAUCGCACCAUCAAAGUGUGGGAAUUACGCAACAUGCGCUCAGCCCUGGCCACUAUCCGGACCGAUUCAUCUGUUAAUCGCCUGGCCGUGUCGAGUGGAGGCAUUAUUGCCAUACCGCACGACAACCGACAGAUUCGCCUGUUCGAUUUGAAUGGACAGCGGGUGGCGCGUUUGCCGCGUACGAGUCGCCAGGGACAUCGUCGCAUGGUUUCAUCGGUCGCCUGGGCGGAGGAGCCACUCCUGAAUUGUGACCUAUUCUCCUGCGGCUUUGAUCGACGCGUCUUUGGCUGGUCCAUCGUGCUGCCAAAGGAUAAUUGAAAAUUACUCAAACGUCGAGCUGCUAUGCAGUCAAGAAAAAAACAAUAAGAUGCUCCCAUGCUGCACAUAAAAGCGAAUAUCUCUCGAAAACAUUAUCAGCGCUUUGUUGAUUCACCAUCACAAUUAAAACGCGUGUAUUUACUUAAAAAGCAAAUAACCAUUGUAUAUCAAGUAUUUCGUUCUUUAUCCAUAGCAUGCAAUUUGCCUCAUGCCAAAUAAUCCCGAAAUGCAUAUAUAUAUAUAUAUACGACUAUAUUAUGAUUGUUAUUACUACAUGUGUGUGUAGAUAAGGGGCUGAGAGAAUCUCCAUAAUUUUUAGCUGUGUUUUAUUAAUAUCGAUUAUAUAUAUGUACCAUUUACAACACAAUAUCCUACAUGUCUGAGGCAUGUUCUUAACCUAGAAUUGUUAGAUGCAAAACAGAGAUAUACUAAAUAAAAGUCCAUAUUCAAUACAAAUA